AUGGCCUCUGCCGCUGGCGAGAGCCCGCUGCCGACGCUCACGGAAUGCAUCGUGGUCGGAGGGGUUCUCUUCCUGGCCACGAGGGGGCUGUGGUGGCUGUACGGGCGCGUGAGCGGUGGCCACGGAGGGGACGGCUCGUGGUCGGGACGGCCGCACAGACUCGGGGGUGCGGGCGCUCGGGACGGCGCCCAGGGGCGGGGCGCGGGCGGCGCAGCGGGGCGCGACGACGACGCGGACAGGCGGAUACGGAUCCUCAGGGGCUCGUACGCUAGGGAAUCAUCGGCUCUCCGACGACUGCCGCGCAAGGUGACUGCGGCGCUGCGGACGCUCGCGCGGGGCUUCUUCCGCGCGUCACACGCGGUGAGCUGCAACGGCGCCGUCGGGUCUCUCGUCGCUUUGAACGUUGUUGUCUUCCUCAUGUGGCAGUCCGCCGGCAAGGGCCGCACGCCCUGGGGGCCGUACGACCGCCACUCCGGCCUGCAGAUCGACCGCGCAGACAUGCACCGCCACUUCACAGUGUCGGUGCGCAACCAGGAGAGCGGGCGGUGGUGGUCCCUCGUCGGCGCCGCGUUCAGCCACCAGGAGCGCUUCCACCUCCUGGCGAACAUGGCGUCGCUCGUCACGGUGGCCCGGUCCGUCGACGCCGAGGUGGGCAGCGGCGCGCUGCUCGCCGCGUACCUCGUCUGCGGGGUCGUCGGGAACCAGGCGUGGCUGGCCUGGGAAAGGGGGUCGCGACUUGGUGCCAACAGCGGCGGGGGCGUGGUGGGCGACAUGUGGAGGGCGUUCGACCUGCCGGGCGACGCACCUGGCUUCCUCAAGAGGUGGUUCGGACCGUCGAUCGCGUCGCUGCGGUACGCGCUCGGUGCGUCGGGCGCGGUGGAGGGCCUCCUGGCCAUGCUGACGGUCCUGCGCCCGCUGGCGCCGCUGUCGCUGAGCGUGUCCGGCGUGCCCACGCCCCCGAUGCCCGCCGUCGUCGGCACGCUCCUGCACCUGCUGUUCGAGGUGUCCUACAUGGUGGACGAGCCGGGCAGUGGGGUGGGGCACUCGGCCCACGUGGGCGGCGGAGUCCUGGGCCUCGCGCUGGGCCUGCUCCUGCGCGGGGCGAAGGGCGUCGCCGGCGCGUGA